AUGGGCUCGCGGCCAUAUUAUGCAAAGCCAUACGAAAUUGUAGUGGACCUUACCCAUACUGGGCCUAGCAAUCGCUUCAAAACAGACUUUCUGUCCAAGUGGUUUGUUGUUUUUCCUGGCUUUGCUUAUGACAACGUCUCUGCAGUCUAUAUCUAUAACUGUAACUCCUGGGUCAGGGAAUACACCAAGUACCACGAGCGGCUGCUGACUGGCCUCAAAGGUAGCAAAAGGCUUGUUUUCAUAGACUGCCCUGGGAAACUGGCAGAGCACGUAGAGCAUGAGCAGCAGAAACUGCCCGCCGCCACCCUGGCUUUAGAAGAGGACCUGAAGGUGUUCCACAACGCCCUCAAGUUCAAAACUGGUCAAAUCAAUGGAGAUCUGCUAAUAUACCAUGUCUUGCUGACUUUAAAGCCAUAUUAUGCAAAGCCAUACGAAAUUGUAGUGGACCUUACCCAUACUGGGCCUAGCAAUCGCUUCAAAACAGACUUUCUGUCCAAGUGGUUUGUUGUUUUUCCUGGCUUUGCUUAUGACAACGUCUCUGCAGUCUAUAUCUAUAACUGUAACUCCUGGGUCAGGGAAUACACCAAGUACCACGAGCGGCUGCUGACUGGCCUCAAAGGUAGCAAAAGGCUUGUUUUCAUAGACUGCCCUGGGAAACUGGCAGAGCACGUAGAGCAUGAGCAGCAGAAACUGCCCGCCGCCACCCUGGCUUUAGAAGAGGACCUGAAGGUGUUCCACAACGCCCUCAAGCUAGCUCACAAAGACACCAAAGUUUUUAUUAAAGUUGGUUCUACUGCCGUUCAAGUAACCUCAGCAGAGCGAACAAAAGUCCUGGGGCAAUCAGUCUUUUUAAAUGAUAUUUAUUAUGCCUCGGAAAUUGAAGAGAUCUGCCUAGUGGAUGAGAACCAGUUCACCUUAACCAUUGCAAACCAGGGCACACCACUCACCUUCAUGCACCAGGAGUGUGAAGCCAUUGUUCAGUCUAUCAUUCACAUCCGGACCCGCUGGGAGCUGUCACAGCCUGACUCUAUCCCCCAGCACACCAAGAUUCGGCCAAAAGAUGUCCCUGGGACUCUGCUCAACAUUGCAUUACUUAAUUUAGGCAGUUCAGACCCUAGUUUACGGUCAGCUGCCUAUAAUCUUCUGUGUGCCUUAACUUGUACCUUUAAUUUAAAAAUCGAGGGCCAGUUACUAGAGACAUCAGGUUUGUGUAUCCCAGCCAACAACACCCUCUUCAUUGUCUCAAUUAGUAAGACCCUGGCAGCCAAUGAGCCACACCUCACAUUGGAAUUUUUGGAAGAGUGUAUUUCUGGAUUUAGCAAAUCUAGUAUUGAAUUGAAACAUCUUUGUUUGGAAUAUAUGACUCCAUGGCUGUCAAAUCUAGUUCGUUUUUGUAAGCAUAACGAUGAUGCCAAACGACAAAGAGUUACUGCCAUUCUUGAUAAGCUGAUAACAAUGACCAUAAAUGAGAAACAGAUGUACCCAUCUAUUCAAGCAAAAAUAUGGGGGAGCCUUGGGCAGAUUACAGAUCUGCUUGAUGUUGUACUAGACAGUUUCAUCAAAACCAGUGCGACAGGUGGCCUGGGAUCAGUCAAAGCUGAGGUGAUGGCAGAUACUGCCGUAGCUUUGGCUUCUGGGAAUGUGAAGUUGGUUUCAAGCAAGGUUAUUGGAAGGAUGUGCAAAAUAAUUGAUAAGACAUGUUUAUCCCCAACUCCUACAUUAGAACAACAUCUCAUGUGGGACGAUAUUGCUAUUUUAGCGCGCUACAUGCUGAUGCUUUCCUUCAACAAUUCCCUUGAUGUGGCAGCUCAUCUCCCCUACCUCUUCCACAUCGUUACUUUCUUAGUAGCCACAGGGCCACUGUCCCUUAGAGCUUCCACACAUGGAUUGGUCAUUAAUAUCAUUCACUCUCUGUGUACUUGUUCACAGCUUCAUUUUAGUGAAGAGACCAAGCAAGUUUUGAGACUCAGUUUAACAGAGUUCUCAUUACCCAAAUUUUACUUGCUGUUUGGCAUUAGCAAAGUCAAGUCAGCUGCUGUCAUUGCCUUCCGUUCCAGUUACCGGGACAGGUCGUUCUCGCCUGGCUCCUAUGAGAGAGAGACUUUUGCUUUAACGUCUUUGGAAACAGUCACAGAAGCUUUGUUGGAGAUCAUGGAGGCAUGUAUGAGAGAUAUUCCAACAUGCAAGUGGCUGGACCAGUGGACAGAACUAGCUCAAAGAUUUGCAUUCCAAUAUAACCCAUCCCUGCAACCAAGAGCUCUUGUUGUCUUUGGCUGUAUUAGCAAGCGAGUGUCUCAUGGGCAGAUAAAGCAAAUUAUCCGAAUUCUUAGCAAGGCACUUGAGAGUUGCUUAAAAGGACCUGAUACUUACAACAGUCAAGUUUUGAUAGAAGCUACAGUAAUAGCACUAACCAAAUUACAGCCACUUCUUAAUAAGGACUCCCCUCUGCACAAAGCACUCUUCUGGGUGGCUGUGGCUGUGCUGCAGCUUGAUGAGGUCAACUUAUAUUCAGCAGGCACCGCACUUCUUGAACAAAACCUGCACACCUUAGAUAGUCUCCGGAUAUUCAAUGACAAGAGUCCAGAGGAAGUAUUUAUGGCAAUCCGGAAUCCUCUAGAAUGGCACUGCAAGCAAAUGGAUCAUUUCGUUGGACUCAAUUUCAACUCUAACUUUAACUUCGCACUAGUUGGACACCUCUUAAAAGGGUACCGGCAUCCUUCACCAGCCAUUGUUGCAAGAACAGUCAGAAUUUUGCAUACGCUACUAACUCUGGUUAACAAACAUAGAAACUGUGACAAAUUUGAGGUGAAUACGCAGAGUGUGGCUUACUUAGCAGCUUUACUCACAGUAUCUGAAGAAGUUCGAAGUCGAUGCAGCUUAAAACAUAGAAAGUCACUUCUUCUUACUGAUAUUUCAAUGGAAAAUGUUCCUAUGGAUACAUAUCCCAUUCACCAUGGCGACCCCAGCUAUAGGACACUAAAAGAGAAUCAGCCGUGGUCUUCUCCCAAAGGUUCUGAAGGGUACCUUGCAGCCACCUAUCCAGCAGUGGGCCAGACCAGUCCUCGAGCCAGGAAAUCCAUGAGCUUGGACAUGGGGCAACCUUCCCAGGCCAACACUAAAAAGCUGCUCGGAACAAGGAAAAGUUUUGAUCACUUGAUAUCAGACACAAAAGCUCCUAAGAGGCAAGAAAUGGAAUCAGGAAUCACAACACCCCCCAAAAUGAGGAGAGUAGCAGAAACUGAUUAUGAAAUGGAAACUCAAAGGAUUUCUUCAUCACAACAGCACCCGCACUUACGUAAAGUUUCAGUGUCUGAAUCGAAUGUUCUUUUGGAUGAAGAAGUACUUACUGAUCCGAAGAUCCAAGCACUGCUUCUUACUGUUCUAGCUACACUUGUAAAAUAUACCACAGAUGAGUUUGACCAACGAAUUCUUUAUGAAUACUUAGCAGAAGCCAGUGUUGUGUUCCCCAGAGUUUUUCCUGUUGUACAUAAUUUGUUGGACUCUAAGAUCAACACCCUGUUGUCAUUGUGCCAAGAUCCAAAUUUGUUAAAUCCGAUCCACGGAAUUGUGCAGAGUGUGGUGUACCAUGAAGAAUCCCCACCACAGUACCAAACAUCUUACCUGCAAAGUUUUGGUUUUAAUGGCUUGUGGCGGUUUGCAGGACCCUUUUCAAAGCAAACACAAAUCCCAGACUAUGCUGAGCUUAUUGUUAAGUUUCUUGAUGCCUUGAUUGACACGUACUUGCCGGGAAUUGAUGAAGAAACCAGUGAGGAGUCCCUCCUGACACCCACAUCUCCUUACCCUCCUGCACUGCAGAGCCAGCUUAGUAUCACUGCCAACCUUAACCUCUCUAAUUCCAUGACCUCACUCGCAACUUCCCAGCAUUCCCCAGGAAUCGACAAGGAGAACGUUGAACUCUCCCCCACCACUGGACACUGUAACAGUGGACGAACUCGCCAUGGAUCCGCAAGCCAAGUGCAGAAGCAAAGAAGCACUGGCAGUUUCAAACGUAAUAGCAUUAAGAAGAUCGUGUGAAGCUUUCUUUCUUUCCUUUUUCAAACCAACUUAAUGUGGGCUCUUCACUAGUGACCCUUCCCCAGCUUUGCUCCUCCCCACAUGUGAUGCUGCACUUCAUUGUUUCUAAUGACCCCGUCCAGUCUGCCAUGUUGCCAGAUGAUCAACUCUUGGAAGCAUUGCAUAAUUUUAAUGCUGCUUUUUCUUUCAUUUUUUUCCUCCUACUUUUGGCAUGUAUCUGGUAUAAGGAAGUGUUCCAAACAGCUGCAAAAAAAAGUGGGAAGUCAGGAAACUUGAACCGAGAACAUCCCAAUUGUGAGAGAAGAUGAGUUCUUGAAAGCCGCUACUACUGGCCAGCUGCGAAAGCCAUUUGCACAGAGCUCUGCCUUCUAUGUUUCCCCCUUCGUCGUCAUACCAAGUAAAGUGUUCGUCUUAUUUACACACUUCCCACGAUAGAAGUUUUCAGGAGAAAUAACCCAGUAUGUUUAAUCUGACUUUUAGCUGUGGACUUUUUUUUACGUUACAAAGCUGAAGGAACCAUAGAAGUCAAGCCUCAGUGACUUCACACCAUAAAGCCACAGGCAAGGUACUCUGGGGAGUGGGAGGACUUAAGUUCUGUAGUGGAUUCUUAAGAAAUACUAACACUUGAGUAUUAGCAAUAAUUACAGGGAAAUAGCGUGACCACGUAUAUCUUAACAUCACUGAAUUAAAGCUAUGGGUUCUGAGGCCUUAUCCAAACUCAGUCAUCCAAACUAGUUUAUUUUUUUCUCCAGUAAAUUAUCUUUACAUCUUUAAAUAUGCCGAAGGUUAGUCUUUUGUUUUCGUUUUUGUUAUUUUAUAAGCCAAAACUAUACUAAGUAUAGUAAUUAUACUUUUUUCCCCUCCUCCUCUUCUUUCAAAUAAUUCAGAGCAGGGUAAUCAGUGAACGAAGUGUGUUCCCAGAAGGUGAUUUCUGUAGAUGAUUACAUUCGCUCCAUAGCAGAAUGAAAUGGUACGUGACUUCUAGAGUAGGUGAUACUUUGAUUUUGUUAAAUAAUUUUCCAAGAAACAUAGAGUAUGGUGUAUAUUAUCAUAAAUUUCUUUGAUAAAAUGUAUUUUAAAUGUAUUUCGAUCUUCUCCCUCCCCUCCAAAAAAAAUCAGGAAUCUCUUUAGCAAAACAUUUGGUUUCUAUAUGAUAGAGUUACAUCUAAUCACUGUGAAAAGACUGGUCAGCCUGCAUUAGUCUGAUGAUGGGGACCUUUGCGUUGCUGCUAUCGGGAACGGUAUGGAUUACCAUGGCGUUGGCAUUUCCAUCGUGGUGCAGGUCCAGUUUCGUUGUGGUACCUGCAGUAUGCAAAAUAAUUUGACUUCAGUGAGCAUAUUCGUGUCUGGAUAUUCCAAUUUAGAGCUAAACCAUAUUUAUUACAAAAAGAUACUAUCCCUUUACUCCCAGGUUCCCUUUUAUAUAUGUUAAGGUAUAAUGGCUUUGGGAGGGGAAAAAAGAAACCUAGGAAACAGGGGAGUUUCCUGUAGUGCUGUUUCAUUAGUGGAUUUCAGUAAAUUAAAUUCCACAGCUAACUCAAUAAAUAAUGGUACAUUUAAGUGUUCUGAUUUUUAAUAAUAUAACACAUUUCACAUUUACUCACACAGUAACAAUGUAAUAUGUUAAUGUAAAUAAAAUUGCUUUUGAUAUUCAGAAAUAACAAGAAUUUAAUUUUUUUUAAAAUUUGUUUACAGUCCUGGGAAAAGUUAAGAACCAUUUGCCAAAAUAAAAGGAGAAAUAAAAAAAAGACUUUAGUAUUAAUAGUGAUUUUAAUGUGGAAAAUAUUGAAGACAGGUGCAUUUAACUGAACUUUCAUUUGUAUCUAUUGUAGAAGCUUCAGUAGAAUCAAAUGUUUAUAAUAACAGAGCAACUAAGACUGCAAAAAAGCUAAGAUUAGAACCGAGUUUAGAAGUAGAUCAGUAACGUAUUGCCAAGGAUGCCAGGCCGCUGCACGCUCUUGGCUCUCCCAUAACCCGGUGCUUCUGGGGUAGGUGUCACAGCUGCUGGGCUCCUGGGACAGCAGGCAACUGUGAGCCUUGAAUAGCUUUGGUUCCACGUUUUUCCUCUGUUGGUCUGGUACAUAUGACGGUGGGUGAUGCGCUCUUUCACUUUUCCCAUCGAAGCAGAGAAACUUCCAAAGGUCUACUGUCGAAAAUGCUCAUCUUUCUUACCAUGAACAAGUUUACCAAAGUAUAAUAUUUAAGAUUCCCCUGUAGUGUAAUGAAAGGAAUUAAUUCCCUUGAAGUACCUCAUGAGAUGAUGAGCAUUGUACAAAUUAAAAUUGAGCCUUCUUUGGAUUAUAAAAAUAAUUUUGACCAGUACAUCCUGGAAAUUUGAAAACUUACUAAGGCUUAAAUUUAAUGUUGUUUGAAAAAUGACUUUCGAGGAAAAUCUAACUUUCCAAGCGACCAAAACAAACAUGAGACAAAUCUCUCACCAGUGUUUCCCCUGAGAAACAAAACACUUUUUAAAGUCCUCACACCGUGAUCUACAGAAGAAAUCCUGAAGUUCACACCAAGUUACCCAUUUUGCAUAAUUUGAUGUAAGUUCUGUAAAGAACCUUACCAGUCAUUUGCUUUGGGUUUGUAGAUUGUUUCUUCCUAACUUUUUAAAGAGGAAAACAGCAACUCAGUCAUGUUUUUGUCAUGCAUAAUCCACCUGUUUUGCCAGUGCUCCCAUCCUAGGGCCUGAACUUACUGUCAUCCCUAAGACACAGUCAACUAGCUGUGGGGGAACGUGGCCUUUCCCCCAUCACCACCUGUCCAUUACUGAGCCAGGCCUGAGGACCCCACGGUGAGCACCCCAGGGACAGAUGUCCUGGCAGGGGAGACAGUGCCAGCCAGCAACCCUCCUGGGUAGGUAGGUUGAAGGGAUCUCCAUUUCCUUUUGUUUUUGGGGGGGUUUGUUUCUACGUUUCCCCCCAGGCAUAAUGAGGCAUGUCUUCUCCAAUGUUAUGCAAUGGACUUAUACAAUGAUUCACUCUUAGUGUCAGCCACACGAUUUUUUUUAAUGCAGUAUAUUCACCUGUAAAUAGUUUGUGUAAAAUUUGACAGAAAAGUAUAUUUACUACACUGUAAAUACAUGUGAUGAUAUAUUGUAUUAUUUUGCUUUUUUGUAAAGCAGUUAGUUGCUGUACAUGGAUAACACACACAACUUUGAUUACUCUUGUGUUAGCAUUGUUAACUUCUUCCUGCGACUGCAUUACAUCGCUUAAAGGAAAUGCCGUGUAUUGUAAACUUACCUUGGAGAGGAUACCUUACUCUCCUUUCCAUCCGGGCCUGAACUUUGGCAGUCCCCUCGUCAGCAGCCUUGUUAACGUCCUAAGCAAUCGAACGCCAGCAGGAGAAAUGCUGCCCAGCAGACACAAGGACCAUCGUAGGGGAAGUCGUAGAAACCCGUCUCAGAUCAUUGUCUCCGCCAUUCCCUCUGUGUAUGUACUCCCCACCCCACCCCCCUUUUUUUUAAGUAAAAUGUAAAUUCAAUCUG